AUGAAAUUCUUCGCCGUCCUCGCCACCAUCCUCGCUGUGGGCUCCGCCCUCCCCAGCUCCUGGACGCUCCAGGAUCUCAGCGCGGCCCUGACCAACCCCAACACUGACCCCGCUAUCAUCCCCAUCCUCGAGGAGGCUCUGAACAACUUAUACGCUGCCAUCCAUGCAGGACAAGACGUUGAGUCUAUCUUGGUGCCAAUCCCCGGCAUCGUCCCCGGCGAGACUGACCUGACACCUUCCCCCGCCAUCCCCCUCCCCGAACCCGUCGCUGCCCCCCGCAGCCCCUUGGUGCAAGUCAUCGUCAACGUGAACAAGCAAACCCAACAGAUCACCGAAGUGCCCAUGCCCGAAUCCCCCGCCAUCGUGCCAUCCCCCGUUGACGUCAUCGACGUUUCCCCCGUCGACAUCAUCGACGUUUCCCCCGUUGACGUCAUCGACGUUGCCCCCGUUGAUGUCAUCCCCUCCCCCAUCGAGGUGAACCCCGCCCCCGCCCCCGUUGUCAUCAACCCCAUUGACGUCAUCGCAAUCAACCCCGAACCCGUCGGUGUUCUCGAACCCAGCCCCGCUGUUGUCGGCCCCAUCAUUGUUUAA